CUGCCAGCGACCCCGCCCCAGACACUCUCCGAGACCGCCGCCAUGAGCAUCAGCAAGCAAAUCUACAACGUCUUUUACAGAAGGAGCUCCUCCUAUGUCUUUGGCAUCUUUGCCUUUGGCUUUGCCUUCGAGCUCGGCUUCGACGCCAUCUCGGACCGCGUCUGGGACACUCUCAACCACGGUCGCCAGUGGAAGGAUAUCCGCCACAAGUACAUCGAGCAGUAAACCGCUCCUCCUUCCAUGUCAAAGCCAAUGUUCCGAGCAGCGAUGCAUGGUCCUGUCCACAUAGACAUCCAGACGGGCGGUGGGGCUUCGGCCCCCUCCCGCUGCUGCUCGAUAUCGUGCAAAGCCACUCUGAAUACAGCAAUAGCCUCUAUUCCCCCUCCCAA